AUGUUCGCUAUAGACGUGUUGUGGCUGCAAUGGAUUGGCGGUUUCGCAGCGAUGAUUAUGAUGUUUGUGAACGGACUGUGGAAUGGCUGGACCUCACCGUACCUGGCUCAAUUCGAAUCCGGAAAUUCCCCAUUUCCUGUGACCACAAACGAAAUUUCCUGGAUAGCAUCGAUUAAUACACUGGGCCAAGUACCAGGUGGAAUCCUCGGUGCAAUUUUCAUCGAAUACUUCGGCAACAGAAGAUCAAUCGUAGGAAUCGGAUUCAGUCUACUUCUCUCGUGGAUUCUCGUCAUCAUGGCGAACUCCGCAAGCUGGAUUUACGUGGCUAAAUUCAUCAGCGGGGCGGCAAGCCAAUUUUCUGCUAUGGGCAUCUCGCUUUUCCUUGGAGAUAUUUGUAGCCCGAAUAUUCGAGGUGCUAUGGUGACUAUGGCAUUCAACGGAGUGCUCCUGGGCGUAUUGGUGGGAAACGUGAUUGGUCCUUACAUUUCGAUGAGGAUUUUCGCCUGUAUAGCCAUCGUUCUAAACAUAUUCCCAAUCGGUGUAUUCAUGUGGUUACCUGAAUCGCCCUAUUAUCUCGUGAGCAAGGAUAAACUGGAUGAUGCCAAGCGAUCGAUUCUGAGGUACAACCCAAAGGCAGACGUCGACCUCGAAGUGGAGUCCAUCAAGAACUUUGUCACCACUAAGAAAUCAGUGGCGUUUGUUGAUCGAGUCCGAGAAUUCAAUAUCUCCCGAAACAGAAAGAAUGGACUCAUAUUGAUUGGGUUGAUCAUAUUCUCAGAAUGCAGCGGUUUGGCUCCCUUGUCGGCUUACAUGGAAAUUAUAAUGAUCAGAGGAUCGGUAACUGUUAUUUCACCUGCUACGGUUCCCGUCAUAGCAAACAGUGUUGGACUCAUAGCAGCGUGGACGGCGAUGUACUUUGUUGAAAAAUGUGGUCGAAGAAUAAUGUGGGCUGUCUCGAGUGGUGGGAUUUGCGUUUCCAUGAUCGCUCUUGGGACACAUUUUUACCUUCUUGGCAGUGGAUACGAUCCGACCAUAUUGCAAUGGCUACCGAUAUUAGCUGUGGUGUUAUUUAAAUCCUGGUACAACCUAGGCGUCAGCUGCAUUCCCAGCAUCGCCCUCAGUGAGAUCUUUGCAUCAAAUAUACGGACUCUGGCUGCUUGUCUUUCAUCUGUGUCGUCGGGAAUUUUUUCAUUCAUUGUAAUAUACGUUUAUCAAUGGCUGCUCGAGUUGAUGGAUGAAGGUUAUGUUUACUGGAUUCACGCUGUGUUUAUGGCGAUAUCUUUAAUGUUCGGUUGGCUUCUAGUGCAAGAAACGAAGGGGAAGACUUUGAUGGAAAUCCAAAGUGAUGCGAUGAAGGACGAACGUAUGGGGCACUGA